GUCUGUAAUAAGCAUCAUAGCUAAAUGCACGACUUUCCUUCAGAAUUUGACGAAUUGUGCAGCCAGGAGCGCGCGCCGGGGUGGUCUCUCGAGUUCUAGCCACUUUACUCUGGUUCGUACAUCAUUGUAGUAUAAUAUAGAGCCUAGCUUCGCUGAAUCCUUCACGUAUAUGCGACUGUCAAAUUUUCUAGCACGUCCGAGGGCCAGAUCAUCCUAACCUUCAGAUAUGAAGAACUAUCUUAAUAUGCCAUCUUUUAAUAGCUUGAGACUUUAUCACACCCCCUAUCGUGUGCCGGUCCAGAUCCAACAGGGCAUCAGUCGUCCUUUCAAAUCCUCAGUUGACUACUCCGUACAAAGUCGAGAUAUUCUGUGGCCCUCAGUAAGCUUGUUGACAGCCAAGGUUUUUCAUUGGUGGAGAGACAGGGCCCGGAUACGAGCCCCUGUAUCAAGCUUGCCCAUAUAUAACGGAGACCCACGUGUUUCACCCACUGAUCGUGCCAACCGGCUCAAAGGCGCGCUUUUACAAUGUACAGACUUCCCACGAAUGCUCUUUGAUACUGAUUCAAAAAAGGAGAAUGAUUACUACUCGCAUGAAUCACGCUCAUUACACUGGCGCAAUAACAUACAAGGGGCAUCUUACAUAAUUCGAUCUCAUCCGAAUUCCGGAAACGCCGGUUCACUCUGAGGGCCCAGCGCCGAUUGUGUUUCGCACACAGGGCAAUUAGCUGAUACUAAAAUCUUAGUGGCUCACUCUCAUACAGUUGAUGACAU